CAUACAAGAGAGAUGUAAGAGUAUUAUUUCAUUUUGACUUAUCGAACCGGCCCCUGGGCGAGGCAAAAUUGCCGGACCCGGGCUAACGAACCUGGACCCGGGCUCGGGGAACGAUACAUCUCAAUAUUUAAUUUAUAUUUCGUUCCCAAACCUUUCUCGUAGAGCACACGUCAUUGGAUUACCAUGGAAACACGAUCUAUAUGAUGUAUCUUAAUUAAUCAGAGCGAUCGCAUAUUGAGGGCAAUGACACCCUUAUAUAUAUUAAUUUUACACAUUUUAUCGCCAGGAAAUUUACAAAGUAAAUAUUAUAAUUACUUUUAGAUUUCUUCUGGUUCAACCAUGCAAAAGUUUGCUCGUAAUUUUUAGCUUCCCAUCCGUCAUGCAGGAUCAAUUUUUAUUAAACACGACACGCACGUUUUCCCAAAUUGAUAUUUGCAAGUAUAAAGCCAUGAAUUAUUAUUGUUUCACGAACAAUAUCUAAUUAUUUCGGAUCUGACGCGCAAUUAAAAUUUCACUCUUCGGUUCAACGUAUGUUUGUCUAGGAAGACUCACACAAACCGCAAACUCGGAGAAUCGCCAACACGCGGGUAAUUUCUCCAGCGCCUAGGAACAGCUGCCUAACUUUAUUAUAACGAGCCGAAAAUAUCCGUGCACAUACAAUUCUGCAAGUUUGAAUUUGGUUCCACUCGAAACGUUUGAUUUAUUGGCUUGGCUGUCAAAUAAUUCCGCAAUAUUCGUUGUUUAUGUAUGGAUUUUGUUCUGUCUAAUUCUCAACGGGUACUGAUUAUGAUAUGCUUUAAAGAACGCCGGGUAGAAAUACGUUGAAACUGGUAAGUUCCAAUAACGAAAGCUUGGUUUUCGUAAAAGUAACGUGUGUUUAUUUUAUCAACGUUGAACCGUAGUUGUUUUAGCUUGAACGAGAAUAGUUAGAGCCCGAUACAAUUUUAUCUGUUAAACAUUAUAUCAACUCAUCGAAUUAUUAGGAGAUUACAUACACUGCGGUCAAAAAAAUCUACAUUUAAAUGAAUAAUGUUUUCUUGCUACAACUUGCUAUCAACUUGCUACAUUUUAACAUUUAUUUCAUUUGUUGUCAUGUGUGAAAAAUUAUGAAAGGCUUUAUUUUUCUCACCCGGGAAAUCCUGUGUAGUGAGCCAUUCGUUUGUUUUGUAUGUGUUAUGUUUACAUAAAGACGAAAACCGCAUGUAAAAAGAAGAUAUUGGAGAGACAUUGUCGAACACUUGUCUGAAGGUCAAUUUAGUGCGAAGUAAUUGUGGGAUUCUGUAGAAAAUAAAGUGUUUAAUCAAUGCAAAUUUCGGUAUACUCUUGUUAUUUGUAUCUGAAAUAAAAGAAAUUUUAAACGUCAUAAUCCCAGUUUUGGUAUAUAGAAUAUUUUGUUUAAAUUAAUAUGUUUACGUGCUCCAUGUUAGAGCUACAUGAAGAAGGCAUCUCGGACGUGACGAUCCAGUGUAUUUUUUGCAUAUUUCAACUUAGAAGAUGCUUUUUACGAAUUUUUAAUAAUGUUUAUAUAUCGACAGGUUGCAAUGUUUUAGUUUAUGCCCAUUUACUGAAAACGUUUUCAAAAGAAUUAUGUUGGUCUCGUAUUUGCGUGCUAACAGUAACAGGCAGAAAUUCAUCGACAUGUUUAACCUGCCGAUAUUGCCUUGUUUUGUGUGUACGAAGAGGAUGAUAGAAACUCGAUGCUCAUGCAUAGAAUGACGUAAAAAGCUGUUGAAUAAUACUGACUAAUGCACUGUCUUGUUUGUGUUUAAACAUAGCUACGCGCAGGUGAAAGAUUGUGAUCAAAACUUAUUUAGCAAAUAUUUUCCCAGGUUUACAGUCGCCAUCAUAUAACUGCUGUCAUUAUGGAGGAGCGGGAACGAAAACACAGUGUCAGCCAAGCUAACAAAACGAAAGAAAAUAGGCCACAAAACGACGAUACGUUUCUCGUUCUUGUUAAACGGCGUGGGAAGUUCGAGGUGCGACGCUUCAGCAAGGCUAAAUCUUUAUAUUUAUUUCAUCAUAAACAUCCAUUGAGAAAUUUUUGUAUUUUGCUAUCGAGUAAUAUAUAUUUUGAGUAUUUUAUUCUUUUUCUCAUAUUGGCCAACUGUGUUUUUCUGGCACUGAAAAACCCACCAGAGCAACCAGAAUAUGUGUUUGCCUGUCUCUAUACGCUGGAGAUGUUCAUAAAGAUCAUAGCUCGAGGUUUUGCGCUGCACAAACACGCCUAUCUUCGUGACGCUUGGAAUGUAUUGGAUUUUGUCGUUGUCAUAUUAGGUUGGCUGACAAUAACGCCGUAUGUUGCCAACCUCUCUGGUGUAAGAACGUUUCGUGUUUUGAGAGCUCUAAGAACUAUCUCUCAGACAAAAGGUCUGAAGACGAUGGUUAAUACUCUCUUGGUCUCGAUGAGAAUGUUGUCAGAUGUCCUCGUUCUUAUCGUUUUCUUUCUAUGUGUCUUCUCGUUGCUCGGAAUGCAGUUGUUCAUGGGUGAACUACGAAAUAAAUGCGCCGUAACAAUCCCUGAAAACAUCAAUAUAUCUUACACUACUUAUGUCACAAAUUCAACGACAUGGUUUAUUUCGGAUGGAAAUCCAGUUGUGUGCGGGAGUACAUCAUCCGCAAGAUCAUGUCCAAGUAACCAUAGUUGUUAUACAGACACUGGUUCAAAUCCUAACCACAACUACACAUCGUUUGAUCAUGUCGGUUGGGCCCUUCUCACUUCGUUCCAGCUCCUCACCCUGGAUUUCUGGGAGGAUGUUUAUAACAAUGUUACCUACGCUGCAGGAUUGUGGAAUUUCUUUUUCUUUGCUGUGCUGGUUUUUCUUGGGCCAUUCUACUUGAUUAAUUUGAUAUCUGCUGUUGUUGUUACCUCGUAUGAAGUCGAGACUACUGCUACCAGCGAAGAGGACUCCAAGAAUGGCGAUCUUCUGGCUACAGCGGUCUCAGCCUUCACAGUACCAGGAAGUUCAAACAAGCUUGGCGGGAAACAGCCGGGGGAUCUGAACUCUAAUAUCGAGGAGAUUGAUAAGCGAUCUCAUAAGAGAAAAAGUUAUGAAAUAGCCUUGGACAGUACCGCUGACAUUUACCAACUGCGCGAACUUGAGUACAGGGCGCCCAAUCAAGAUGAGUCGUCGUCUUUUCAAAACUUUAAGAGUAACACUUCUCUUCGUAAGGAGUUGUACAAUUUAGUGAGCAGCCGAGAACUGGAGGGAUUUAUAACUGUCUGUAUUGUGACGAAUACGGUUGUUAUGGCAACAGAGCACUAUGGCAUGUCCUCCACGUUGGAUUCUGUCAUUUCAAUAUCCAAUUAUGUAUUUACUGGUAUAUUCUUCGCUGAGGUUGUUUUUAAGUUGAUAGCAUUUGGUGCAAAAGCAUUCUUCCGCAAUUCUUGGUGUGUCUUCGACUUUAUCGUCGUCGUCAUCAGUGUGGUUGACGUGGCGCUGGAGUUGAGUCGAGAAACUGGUGUUGGUUUGCGCGUGCUCAGGACAUUCAGACUGUUGCGUGUGCUAAAGCUUGCUAAAUCUUGGACGACCAUGAACAAUCUUCUCUCGGCCACAGCAAAGAGUUUAAGCGCGUUUGUAAACCUGGCGCUGGUGAUGUGCAUCGUGUUAUACAUGUUUGCCGUCACAGGAAUGCAACUGUUUGGCGACAGCUACACAGAGUCCGUCUUUGGUUCUGAUAUACCAAGAUGGAACUUUGUUGACUUUGGUCAUUCAUUCAUGCUCAUAUUUCGCGUCGUUUGUGGGGAAUGGAUCGAGCCGUUGUGGGACUGUAUGCGAGCUUCGCACCCUGGUGCUGUGUUGUUGUUUGUUCCAGCUUUCAUCAUGGGAAAUUUUGUUGUGUUAAAUCUGUUCCUAGCUCUUGUGGUGAACUCGUUCUCGCAUGAAGAUACGGCCGUUUCUCAGCCAGGGGAGAAGGUUUUCUCAAAAAUGUUAAAAUCGGCCUUAACUGUGUCGUUUUCCGUCGUGAAUAUUUUAAAAAGAACCCAAGUCCAUCCUAAGGACGAGAAAGACAUUUCCACGCUACCUGAAAAUAAUGAAAACGAAACAGUUGACAACAAUGCUUCAUCACAAGACAACUCUUCUGAAACAUCUUCAGCAUUGGAGAGACACUGGUCGAGUUUUCGUGGCAGAAUUGAACAAAUUGUUCAAAGCAAAUUCUUCGAAUGGUUCAUCUUGAUCAUUAUUACAAUCAGCAGCAUUUGUUUGGCAUUUGAAGAUAUUCACCUUCGCAACGACAAAGAUCUACAACAUAUUUUAUACUGCUUGGAUAUCUCAUUUGUUGUCAUCUUUUCAAUGGAAUUUCUUCUUAAAUUGAUUGGCCUUGGCUUCGUACGAUAUUUCUCAAAUGGUUGGAAUUACUUGGACCUCGCUAUUGUGAUUAUAUCCAUUCUUAGUCUUACUGUCAGCUCAGAUUUGGCUGCAUUUCGUUCAUUGAGAACCCUCAGGGCAUUGAGACCUUUGCGAGCCAUUUCUCGUUUUGAAGGACUGAAGAUAGUCAUAGGCUCGCUGUUCAGCGCAAUUCCUGGCAUUAGUAAUGUUUUAUUAGUGGGUCUGCUGUCCUGGUUAAUAUUCAGUAUCAUGGGCGUCCAGCUGUUUGGCGGGAAAUUUUACAAGUGCAUUGACUCUAGCCACCAGGUCCUCCCGGUGUCACAGGUCGCCAACAAGACCACGUGUUUACAGAAAGGAUUUCGUUGGGAAAACUCCAACGUGAAUUAUGAUAAUGUUUUGGAGGGAUUGGUUGCCUUGUCCCAAGUGGCAACGUUGGAAGGUUGGAUGGAAAUUAUGAAAGAUGCUGUUGACGCGACUGGGGUGGAUCAACAGCCCAAACCUGAAAACAAUUUGUCUGCAUACAUAUAUUUCGUGGUCUUCAUCAUCCUUGGCUCGUUCUUCGUUCUCAAUCUUAUCGUGGGGGUGAUCAUUGAUAAGUUCUCUCGAAUGAAGCAACUCUACGAGGAUACUGGAUCAACUGGAAUAUUUCUCUCCACUCAACAGAUAGAUUGGUUAAAUACCUUAAAGAACGCUGCAAGUAAAAAGCCAAAAAGAACUGCUGAAAGGCCGAAGAAUCAGGUUCGUGGGAUCAUUUUUGACAUCGUGGUAAAUAACUAUUUUGAAAUGACCAUCAUGUUUAUCAUUGCGCUAAAUAUGGGAACAAUGAUGAUACAACACUAUGACCAAAGUCAACGUAUGAGUGAAGCUCUUGAUUUCCUGAAUUACUUUUUCACGGGAAUUUUUAUCGGAGAAGCGAUCGCAAGAAUUACAGCUCUUGGUCCGUAUUACUUUCGCGUUGGUUGGAAUGUCUUUGAUUUUAUCCUCGUUCUUUUAUCUGUUGUGGGCAUAUUUCUAGAAGCUCUGAAGAAUUUCGAGUUCAUUAACCUAAGUUUACUUCGUGGUAUUCGGGCGUUUCGAGUCACACGUCUUCUCCGAUUCAUAAAAGUUGCUAAGGGAAUCCGUAAGUUGACAUUCGCCUUUGUCCUUUCUCUUCCCGCUCUUUUCAAUAUCUGCUGUUUACUCGUCCUUAUCAUCUCGAUAUACGCCAUCGUCGGAAUGACCUCGUUUGGUUUCGUAAAGAAAACGGGCGCGUUGAACGAUGUCGUGAACUUUGAAACGUUCAUACGCAGUUUCGUGCUACUGUUUCGUUUAAUGACGUCAGCUGGAUGGAAUGAGGUCCUGGACUCGCUUAUGAUACGUACGCCAGAUUGUGACCCAGGCUACCUCGGUAUCAACAACGGGAACUGUGGGAGACCGCUGUUUGCACAGAUUUAUUUCGUUUCAUUCGUCACCGUCACUUAUAUUAUCUUGGUCAACAUGUACAUUGCCAUAAUACUUGAAAACUUUAAUAGAAUUUACAAAAAAGCCAAGGUCGGUAUCACAGACGACGACUUGGAUAUGUAUUAUACGAAAUGGGCGCUCUACGACCCGAAGGCGACCGAGUACAUAAACUUCGAGCAGUUGUCGGACUUUGUCGACGAACUCAACCCCCCAUUGCGGGUGCCCAAGUCAGGCACAGGCGGGGUGGAGACGAUGGACAUAUCUCUGAGGAUUGGAGACAAAGUGCAUUGUUUAGACUUACUUCAUGCUUUAGUGAAACAUUUAGUUUUGAAAGAGUUUCCAAAAGGCGGGAGUGGUUAUUCUGUGGUGAUGGAGAGACUUGAAGAGCGCUUUAUGAAAGCCUUUCCAAGGAGAAACCUCUACGCUCCAGUUUCAACUGUCAAGCAGAAAGCCCUCGAGAAUAAAGCGGCGCUUGUCAUUCAAAGAGCUGUGAAACGAUUUAAAGAUCGAAAGAGAGCGAGCGACGCUGCUGAGAUGACAACAGAAGGUCAUAGUUCUGCUCAGUAUACAACAGAAUCAUCAAAUGUUUCUCAGAAAACAACAGAGACUCAUCAUUUUAUUCAGAGUGAAACUGAAGGUGCUACCCUUGCCAGCAUAAACGAAACUAGAAGUGUAAUCGUUCACGAUAAACCUUUGCAUAAAAGACUUUUGAAACAAACAAGCUUACAUAAUUUAUCGAUACCAGCAAUCAGGACAGUUCAGGUGGAGUCGCCUGUGCGCACUCAUAAAGUUUCAGAGGAUUUAUCGUUGAAUAGUGUUAGUACUGAAAACUCGGCGUAGCUUGCGACAGAAGGGACCGUGUGACCGUAGAAUAAAUAAAUUACAAUCAAUAUUUUUUAAUCAUUCCUACCGCUAAUAAAUUA